UGGAAUCGAGGCCCAAAAACAACGGACGAAUGAUAAUGAAUACACUACACACGACGACGCGACUCUGUCUCACGCGAGUUCUAUCUCAAGCCACUGCAAAUCCAAUCCAAGUGAGUUUGUGGUGUCCAUGGAGAUAAUCCAAACAUGCGUUCGCGGCCGUUGCCCAGCUUUCUUUCCGCUCACCCCUAUGCUUUCUUCCUCUGGGCUUUCCCCGGUUUCAACUCUUCUGUCUUUAAAACCUAAAGCUUCUCCACCCCGUAGGCUUUUUUCCAACACUUGUACUCGCGCACUCCUCGAAAACAACACUUCAGAUACAGUGGCAACAAAGGCUGUUGAACUUGAAGAUGAUGAUAUGUCUUUGACAAUCAAAAAAAGGGCUUUAGAAAUUUCAUCUGAUUUAAAGGGAACUUCAAUAUUUUUAGUUGGUAUAAACAGCUCAUAUAAAUCGAGUUUGGGGAGGAUACUUGCUGAUGCAUUAAGAUACUAUUAUUUUGACAGUGAUAGUCUGGUAGAGGAAGCUGCUGGAGGAAAAAUGUCUGCAAUAGCAUUCGUAGAGAAAGAUGAGGAGGGGUACCUUGCAUCAGAGACAGAAGUCUUGAAGCAGUUAUCAUCCAUGGGCCGGCUGGUUGUUUGCGCUGGGAAUGGAGCUGUUAAGAGCACAACAAAUUUGGCAUUACUGCGACAUGGGAUUUCAAUAUGGGUGGAUGUACCAUUGGACUUGGUGGCCAGAGAGAUAAGUGAAGAUAGAAUUCAAUUCUCCGCAUCUGACAUGCCAAGAUGCGGAUCAUCUUCAGAGGUUCAGGCACAAGUCAUUGCACUGUAUAAUAGCGCUGAAGGGGGAUAUAACACCGCAGAUGUUGUGGUUUCACUCCAGAGUGAGUGUGCAGAUGUGGCUUCUCAACUGGGUCGCUGUGAUGUGGAAACAGUAUCCGCGGAAGAUUUAUGCCUGACGGUCCUCAAGGGGAUUGAAAGGCUGGUGAGAGCCAAGAAGAUGAUGGAAGAAGCUGGGCGCCCAUUUUAGCAGCAAGUGGUGCCAAGGCUCCUCUCCUCUCCUCUCCUCUCCCCAAAUUCAUCUAGAAUCAUAUAGGAUAGGGAUAUGAUAGAAGGAUGGAUGGUGUGCGCCUUGUUGACAGCAGCCUGGGACAAAACAAGCAAGCGACGAUCUUGAAGAUGCAGACUUGCAGUACAGGUACAUUACUAAUAAUGAUAUUAUUAAUAAUAGUAAACGAUCAGGGGUGGGGUGGCCUAGCCUCAAUCUGGUGCUCGGUCACCUUCAUUGAUGAUCCCCACUCUUAGCCUAGCCUGGGCUUCUUCCUAGCGACGGUGGUCUUGUAAAAUUUAUUUUUAUGUUCUUUUUUAAUUGUUAAAUAUAUCUCAUUAAAUUUAAUAGAUUAAUACUUAAUUGUUA